UGAGGCACAUUCCUGCUUUGCAAGGCUUUCUGUUAAGGAUGUUUUGUGGCUUUUGUUUGGAUUGCAGCAUGCAGAAUUACAGCUGUUCAGAGGAGACUCAUUACAACUCCUGCUGAAGCUCCUAAUUUUCUUCCCUUCUCUUCUACCCCUACCCCCUACCCUCAUUGGCCUGAAGACAUUGCACUCAGAAUUUGCCUUACUCCCCUGGCACUAUGUGUGUGGUAAACCUGAUACUAUGGCCGCGUCUGGGACUGGCCAGACCACUGCUGCUGGCUCUCCCUGUUCCAAGGACUUAAAGGGAGAUUGCACUGCAGGCAAUGCAUCAGAGCAGCAGCAUCGCAAGCCUGAGGACUGAGGCUCCUUGGGCAUUAUUACACACACACAGAGCUGACCGCAAUGACAGCAGCUGCUCCUUCGAACUGUUGGCAGCGGCCAAGCGGCAGCAUGAAGUGAGAGAUCACUCCUGAGCUCAAGAUGAACUCCACCUUGGAUGGUAAUCAGAGCAGCCACCCUUUUUGCCUCUUGGCAUUUGGCUAUUUGGAAACUGUCAAUUUUUGCCUUUUGGAAGUGUUGAUUAUUGUGUUUCUAACUGUAUUGAUUAUUUCUGGCAACAUCAUUGUAAUUUUUGUAUUUCACUGUGCACCUUUGUUGAACCACCACACUACAAGUUAUUUUAUCCAGACUAUGGCAUAUGCUGACCUUUUGGUUGGGGUCAGCUGCCUGGUUCCUUCUUUAUCACUCCUCCACUACCCGCUUCCAGUAGAGGAGUCCUUGACUUGCCAGGUGUUUGGUUUUAUAGUAUCAGUUCUGAAGAGUGUCUCCAUGACCUCUCUGGCCUGUAUCAGCAUCGAUAGAUAUAUUGCCAUCACUAAACCUUUAACCUAUAACACCCUGGUUACACCCUGGAGACUACGCCUGUGUAUUUUCCUGAUUUGGCUAUAUUCUACCCUGGUCUUUCUGCCUUCAUUUUUCCACUGGGGUAAACCUGGAUAUCAUGGAGAUGUGUUUCAGUGGUGUGCGGAGUCCUGGCACACCGACCCCUACUUCACCCUGUUCAUCGUGAUGAUGUUAUAUGCCCCAGCAGCCCUCAUUGUGUGCUUCACCUAUUUCAACAUUUUUCGCAUCUGCCAACAGCACACAAAAGAAAUCAGCGAAAGGCAAGCUCGAUUCAGCAACCAGAGUGGGGAGACUGGGGAGGUGCAGGCCUUUCCCGACAAGCGCUAUGCCAUGGUCCUGUUCCGGAUUACUAGUGUGUUUUACAUCCUCUGGUUACCAUACAUCAUCUACUUCUUGUUGGAGAGCUCCACUGGCCACAGCAACCGCUCCGCAUCCUUCUUGACCACCUGGCUUGCUAUUAGUAACAGUUUCUGCAACUGUGUCAUUUAUAGUCUCUCCAACAGUGUCUUCCAAAGGGGACUAAAGCGCCUCUCAGGGACCAUGUGUACUUCUUGUGCAAGUCAGAUCAUAGCAAAGGACGCUUACACAGUUAGGAGCAAAGGCUCUAUUAAUGGAUGCCAUGUCUGAAGUGAUUCGGAUAUUGGGUCAUUGUGUGUGUGGGAGGCGGGGUGUCCUUCUUGUCUCUUCGUAUUCCUUGUUCAUGAGAAAAUCUGGGACAAAAUAAUUUGACUCUAAGCAAUAGGAAACAAAUGAUCCAUCCAAAAAAACCUUCUAAAUUUGUAGAAAUGGUUUUUCUUAAAGAGUGCUUUUAAAUCAGAAGAAUCAGGACCAUGAAGAUAAAUUGCUCUUGGUUCCAAUUUUUGUAAUGUCAUGGAAAUGACUACAGUGCUCAGAUUUAAAAUGAAUAAAGUCGUAUCUCACACCUCUCCAGCUGGCAUGACUGAACCUGGGUGUGAAAAGUGUCAGCAUUUUAAAAGUCAUCAUUUUCUUGUUGUUUUUCUGGGUUCUUUCCAGUUUUUUGGGCUUCAUAUGCAAUUAAUUUCUUUUAACGGGGAAUAUUAAAAUACAGUGAUGAAUUAACAGAGUUUUUAAACAUUGUGUAUGCCAAAGUAUAACACUGCAAGU